AUGCAAGUGGAUAACCCACAGGAGACUGUGGAGGCGAUCAAGCAGGGAGAAAUUGAUGAGUCGUUGUACAGCCGGCAACUGUACGUCCUCGGUCAUGAAGCUAUGAAGCGUAUGGGAUCUUCAAACGUGCUUGUUGUCGGAUUGAAGGGUUUGGGUGUUGAAAUCGCCAAGAACAUCGCCCUUGCCGGUGUGAAGUCCCUCACAUUGUACGAUCCUGCCCCUGUCGCCAUCUCGGACCUGUCCUCCCAGUUCUUCCUCCAGCCCCAAGACGUCGGCAAGCCGCGUGCCGAGGUCACAGCUCCCAGAGUCGCAGAGCUCAACUCCUACGUCCCCGUCACAGUCCAUGAGGGCAGCAAUAUCGCAGAGAACCUCGAAGAGUUGAAGCGUUAUCAGGCUGUUGUCCUCACCUUGACUCCUUUGAAGGAUCAGCUCGCGAUUGCCGACUUCUGCCACAAGAACGGCAUCUACCUUACUAUCACGGAUACCUUCGGUCUCUUUGGUUAUCUCUUCAAUGACUUCGGUAAGAACUUCACUGUCGGUGAUGCGACGGGUGAGGAGCCCGUCAGUGGAAUUGUGGCGGCUAUCGAUGAGAAUGGCUUGGUCUCGGCUCUUGACGAGACCCGUCACGGCCUGGAGGACGGUGAUUUUGUGACUUUCUCCGAGAUCAAGGGCAUGGAGGGUCUCAACGGUUGUGCUCCUCGCAAAGUUACUGUGAAGGGGCCUUACACCUUCUCCAUUGGUGAUGUCUCUGAUCUGGGAACAUACCAGAGUGGCGGUAUCUACUCUCAAGUCAAGAUGCCUAAGUUCAUGGAUUUCGCUCCCCUUAGUGAACAGAUCAAGAAACCCGAGUUUAUCAUUUCGGACUUUGCGAAAUUUGACCGGCCACAACAAUUGCAUAUUGGUGUCCAGGCACUCCACAAGUUCGCAGAGAGCCACAAUGGCGAUCUUCCUCGCCCUCAUAAUGAUAGCGAUGCCCAAGACGUGUUCAAGAUCGCCAAUGAACUGGCUUCGAGCCUCGAAGAGAAGGUGGAGUUGGAUGAGAAGCUCAUCAAGGAGCUGAGUUACCAAGCCCGCGGCGACCUGAACCCCCUGGCAGCUUUGUUUGGAGGCAUUGCGGCGCAAGAAGUCUUGAAGGCGGUCUCUGGAAAGUUUAACCCUGUUAAUCAGUGGCUCUACUUUGACUCUUUGGAGUCUCUUCCCACCUCCAUCACCCGCUCUGAGGAGGCUUGUAAGCCUCUCGGCACCCGAUACGAUGGUCAAAUUGCAGUUUUCGGCAAGGAAUUCCAGGACAAGAUUGCCAACGUCAGGCAGUUCCUCGUAGGAGCAGGUGCCAUUGGGUGUGAGACGCUGAAGAACUGGGCCAUGAUGGGUCUUGGAACUGGUCCUAAGGGGAAGAUCAUUGUGACCGAUAUGGAUCAGAUCGAGAAGAGUAACCUCAACAGACAAUUCCUGUUCCGCAGCCGGGACGUUGGCAAGCUUAAGAGCGAAUGCGCCUCCGCUGCUGUGCAGGCCAUGAACCCUGAACUGAACGGUAAGAUUGUCACGCUCCGGGACCGUGUCGGACCCGACACCGAGCACAUCUUCAACGAGGAGUUCUGGGAAGACUUGGACGGUGUUACGAAUGCCCUGGACAACGUGGAUGCAAGAACCUAUGUCGACCGUCGUUGCGUCUUCUUCAGGAAGCCCCUGUUGGAGAGUGGAACUCUUGGUACAAAGGGCAACACUCAGGUUGUCCUGCCUCGCAUCACUGAGUCCUACUCUAGCUCCCAAGACCCGCCGGAGAAGACUUUCCCUAUGUGCACUCUGAAGAGUUUCCCCAACCGGAUCGAGCAUACUAUCGCUUGGGCCAGGGACCUCUUCCAGACCUACUUUGUCGGCCCUCCCGAGGCUGUCAACAUGUAUCUGUCUCAGCCAAACUAUAUCCAGCAGACACUCAAGCAGGCCGGUAAUGAGAAGCAGACGCUGGAGCACCUUCGUGACUUCCUGGUCACUGAUAAGCCCUUGACCUUCGAUGACUGCAUCGUUUGGGCCCGUAACCAAUUCGAGGCGCAGUACAACAACGCUAUCCAGCAGCUUCUCUACAACUUCCCGCGUGACUCCAAGACAUCCUCUGGGCAGCUUUUCUGGUCUGGACCCAAGCGUGCGCCCACUCCGCUGAAGUUUGACAGCGCAAACCCCACUCAUCUUUCUUUCAUCGUUGCUGGUGCCAAUCUCCACGCUUUCAACUACGGCAUCAAGAACCCUGGCGCCGACAAGGCCUACUACAGGAAGGUUGUCGACAACAUGAUCGUUCCAGAAUUCACCCCCAAGUCGGGCAUCAAGAUCCAAGCUAAUGAGAACGAUCCUGACCCGGACGCUCCGGCCGCUGGCUCGUCCUUUGACGACAACCAGGAGAUUCAGCGCCUUGUGGACUCCCUUCCAUCCCCCAAGGAUCUGGCUGGCUUCCGCUUGAACCCUGUUGAAUUUGAGAAGGAUGACGACACGAACCACCACAUCGACUUCAUCACCGCUGCCAGCAACCUGCGUGCCGACAACUACGAUAUCCCCCAGGCUGACCGCCACAAGACCAAGUUCAUUGCUGGCAAGAUCAUUCCUGCCAUUGCUACCACGACGGCGUUGGUGACUGGGUUGGUCGCGCUGGAGCUGUUCAAGAUCAUUGACGGCAAAGACGACAUUGAGCAGUACAAGAAUGGAUUCGUGAACCUUGCGCUUCCAUUCUUGGGCUUCAGUGAGCCUAUUGCCAGUCCCAAGGGCAAGUACAUGGGUAAGGAGGGCGAGGUUACGAUCGACCAGAUCUGGGAUCGCUUCGAGGUGGAUGAUAUUCCUCUCCAGGAUUUCCUCAAGCACUUCUCCGACAUGGGAUUGGAGAUCAGCAUGGUUAGCUCUGGCGUUAGUCUCCUGUACGCCAGCUUCUAUGGACCAUCAAAGGUUAAGGACCGUCUUCCUAUGAAGAUGAGCAAGUUGGUGGAGCACAUCAGCAAGAAGCCGGUUCCGGAGCACCAGAAGAACGUCAUCUUCGAGGUGACGGCGGAGGAUCAGACGGAGGAGGAUGUCGAGAUUCCGUAUGUGAUGCAAACCAUCACGUCAUUGGCUCCCCGCACCCCAUCCGUCAGCGUCUGGCCUCGUAUCGCCUCGUCCUACUUUUUGUAUAUGAACGAGCUCCCUGCCCCUCCUUGCCAUUGCUCAUUGUUCCCAAUGUUUCCUGCUCUUCAUCGACUUCGACAAGUCUCGCAACAUAUCUUGCAACCCAAAUCUAUCACCAGCUUUCCACGUCCAGCCACCUGCAGAAGCUCCUUCCUCCCCGCACAGCCUAUCUUUACUCCAGCACGCACCAUGGCUACAGGCAACAGUGGCAAGAUCACAGACUGGGUCAAUCCCAAUGACAAGUCGGGCGAGUUCAAGCGCCAGACAUCAGUUUUCCGCAACUGGAUCUCCAGAGAGCCUGGCGCUCAAUUCCCUCCAGAGAAGGGCCGUUAUCACCUCUACGUCUCUUACGCCUGUCCUUGGGCCCACCGUACUCUGAUCACGCGCAAGCUCAAGGGUCUUGAGGAUAUCAUCUCCUACACCUCCGUCCACUGGCAUCUAGGAGAAAAGGGCUGGCGCUUCGCGACCGCAGAAGAACAACAACCCGAGCAAAACGUCACCACCGACCCUCUACACGAGUACACUCACCUGCGCGAAAUCUACUUCUCCAAUGACCCCGACUACACCGGCCGGUUCACCGUUCCAGUCCUGUUCGACAAGAAAACCAACCGCAUCGUAAGCAACGAGAGCGCCGAAAUCAUCCGCAUGCUUUACUACGAAUUCGACGACCUCCUCCCGGAACCCUACAAAUCCGUCGACUUAUUCCCCUCCUCCCUCCGCACCGAGAUCGAUUCCUCCAACGAAUGGAUCUACAACGACGUCAACAACGGCGUCUACAAGUCCGGCUUCGCCACCACACAAGAAGCAUAUGAAAAGGCCGUCACGACGCUAUUCUCCUCGCUCGACAAGAUCGAGGCGCAUCUGGCGGACUCGAAGAACGCGCCGUACUUCUUCGGCUCGGAAAUCACGGAGGCGGAUAUCCGUCUGUUCACGACCAUCAUUCGCUUUGAUCCUGUCUAUGUGCAGCACUUCAAGUGCAAUAUUCGCGAUAUUCGGUCCGGGUAUCCGGCUAUCCAUCGCUGGAUGAGGAAGUUGUAUUGGGAUGUGCCGGCUUUUAAGGAGACGACGAACUUUGAGCAUAUCAAGUUCCAUUAUACGAAGAGUCAUAAGCAGAUUAAUCAAUUUGCGAUUACGCCAGUUGGGCCGCUGCCGGAUGUCUUGCCCAAAGAUGAGGAGGUCAGGGCAGUUAAGGGGGCUUAG